UGCUGACCACUUCAUCGCGCUGUAGGUGCAUGUCCUGAAGUCGACUCACUCAUCACCUCUGCGUCUACAACACUUCAUCUUGACUAGAGAUUUGUUAUGGCCUCACAGAAUGCCCCCACCGUCAGAGUCAUUGUCCGCAUCCCAACGAAUCGUACCGAACAGUCUCCCCAUGACCCUCCUCCCAUAGUCUGGAAUUCGGAGAAGGAGAAUCAUUUAUGGGAUGUGAUAGCGAGGUCGCGCGCCACCGAAAGUGCUACUCCGGAUUGGAAAGCUUUGGCUUCUCGUCUCGACGUGCCACUUCCAUACCUUCUCUAUCGCGCUCAGACACGGUAUGAACAAGACCUACGUGGCCUUCAGGACAUAGGAGGGGCUCUUAGUCCACCUAGCCUUCACAUCGACACAACUAUCACCGAAGGAACACCUCGACUUCCCGACAGACUCGUAUCCUUGCGCAGACAGACUCUUCGUGGAGGCGUAUCUCCCAUUUCCUCCCCCAGUAGACUGGGCGCUCCCCUCGGCGUGCGAGCUCGACUGAACUCCUUAGGCACAAACUCGCCCGCUCGUCUCAAUAGGGUGUCGUCUUCGUCCAUUCUCACUCUCCAAGGCCACCGCAAGGAGUCCGGCGGGUUUCGUCCCACUUCUCCGCUCUCGUCUGGAUCGGAGUCGGACGAGAAUGAAAUAGCAAAUAAGGAAGAGGAAGCGGAACGGCAGCUGGGAGAACAGGAAGAGUUGGAUAAUAAGCUCAAAGCUUUGGAGCAGAUGAUGACGGAUGAGAAUCUGGGACUGGUCAGUUCACUUCGUGGCAAGACAAAGGGUAAGGGUAAGGAGGUCGAUCGUGGACGUGUUGGCACUCCUUCGACGUCGUCGCUUCGUCGGGAUAUCAUCCAAGAGAGGCCUCGACAUGGAACAAUGAGCAGCAGUGCGAGUCGACAGAGUCUUUCCAGCGCGUCUUCUCCACCAGGUUCCAUUCCAUCCAUGCCUUCGCCUCCGCCAGAUUCUCAGUCACCUAUGAGUAGGCAUUUCUCGCCAGGGAAGUCCAGGAGUCCUCCCUCGGUAUCUACGCGCAACGUCCGAGGGCAUUCGCAUAUGCGCUUGAACGGGCUCGUUAUGACCGGAAAGGCGAGCGAGAAGGGGAGCAACCAUGGGUCGUCUGCGUCGAGCUUCAGCGACAUUAGUGAUGCGAGUUUGUCUCCGUCUGCUCUCGAGAGCGCGUUACUCUCCAAAGGGUCGAGAUUAUCGAGCUACUCUCAGGCCAGGAGUUAUCUUACGGGAAGAGGAGCGGGUGGUCAUCAUUGAGUUGUGCAUUCAUGUGGACGUAGGGGCUUUGUAUGAUACUUACUAGAGGGUGGCCAAUGGCCUGACGGAUAUAUUAC